AUGUCGAUAGAUCUGCUUUGCGCCGACUCUGCGCUAUGCUCGAUUCCAGGGAAGCUCGCCCUGGCAGUGGUUUUCUAUCUUACACUGCCUAGGAUUUUGGCAGUGCUUCCACAGCAGCCCCAGUUCAUCGCCAAGUACCUUACCUUCAUUAUCGGAGCCCUGACCAUGUCUGCAGUAGGAUGUGUCAUCGCAAUCGUGUGCACUCUUACCGACAAACGCCAUCUCAUUAACAAACUGGCCACCGGGAUGUUUUCGAAAUUUGUCGCCGGCCCCUGCGGAAUCACCUUCAAUGUCAAAGGAGAAGAACGUCUGAAGACAGUGCCACCAGCCAUUGUUGUAUGCAACCAUCAGAGCAACAUCGACUUGAUUAUUGUUGGCAGGCUUUAUCCUACAUAUUGCUCGAUCAUGGCAAAGAAGGAGCUGAUAUAUGUCCCAGUCUUGGGUCUAUUCAUGAAGCUGGCUAAUGUCAUCUUUAUCGACCGCAAGAACCACAAAAAAGCUCUGGAGUCGACAGCCAAUGCUGUUGCUGAGAUGAAGAAACAUCAUUCUGGAAUGUGGAUCUUCCCAGAAGGAACGCGCUCCCACUUUGACAAACCAAACCUUUUGCCGUUCAAGAAAGGCGCAUUCCACCUUGCGAUUCAAUCGCACUUACCGAUCCUCCCCAUCGUCGUUGAAGGAUACGGCCAUAUCUACAGCUCCAGGAGGCGAGCCUUCCCUGGCGGCGAGAUUAAGAUCCGUAUUUUGGAACCCAUCCCAACGAAAGGACUGACGAUCGAAGACGUCGACAGCCUGAUGGAGAGGACUCGCUCCGUGAUGAUGAAACAUUUGAAAGAGAUGGACCAGUCAUCCAGAACUGAUGUCCCUGUGGUGCAGUCGAAGGAAGAGAAGAAGCCGAUAGAAGCGGCGCUGGACAAGGAAACUGAGGAUGUGAGCUAUGAGAGUGUGAAGAAGAGACCUCGUAUCUGA